CUGUGUGCCGGCAGCGGGGCCAUGCCCCGGGCAGGGAGCGCAGCGCGGAGGCUGCUCCAGCCCUGCAGCCCGCGGGGCAGCGCGGAGGUACCACAAAAGCAUCUGGCCCCUCUGGGAAAAGAGGGAGAAGCAGCUAAAGCCGAGGAGGAGCGACAAAGUGAGGAGCUGCUGAAACAGACGGCAGGCGAGAGGCAGAAGAUCGUCGGGGAGUGGCAGGAGCUGCGAGGGUGUCUGGAGGAGCAGGAACAGCGUCUGCUGGCCCGGCUGGAAGAGCCAGAGAGAGCCAUUGUCCAGAGAAGGGAUGAGGGCAUCUGCAGCCUGUCGUGGGAGAUUUCCCUGCUCAGCGAGAGGGGAGGAGAGAAGGGGCAGCAGCUGCUGAGCCAACCCCUGCAGAGUGUUGGGAGCACUGGGGGCAGGGAGGACAGGACAUUGCGGAAGCUAGAGCCAUCGUUUGCAGAGCUGGAGAAGAGACUCAGCGAUUUUUCUCUGAAAAGUGCCAUGCUGCAGGAGGUAGUGCUGAGAUUCAAAGAGACGCUGCGACGGGGGCUGGGGAGCGACACAGCCAUCCCGAUGAUGAUUAAUUUCUGGGAAACAUCCUCAGCAGAAUUAUUUGAAGGUGUUGUACCAGACAGUAAAGGCACAGAGGCAGUGGCUUGUGGGAAAGAGGGCGGUAGAGUAACGCCCACCUUUGGCUCCAGAUUGUCCCAGCCUCCCACGGGACAGGGAAGGGAACUGGCUGUAGUGGAGCCAGUCCAGGGGCCGGUGACCUUCGAGGAGGUGGCUGUGUAUUUCACCAGUGAAGAGUGGGCUCUGCUGGACCCCCGUCAAAGAGCCCUCUGCAGAGACGUCAUGCAGGAGAACUAUGAGAAUGUGACCUCGCUGGCAGGUGAUGCAAUGGUACGUGAGAAAGAGGAGCAGAAUUCUCUGCAGGAAAAUGUUGAGCAAGUGGAUAAACACAGAGAAUUAUCGCAAAGAUCGAAAAGGAAUGUGUCCAGGAGUCAUGAGCAGGGAAACUCCUGUGAGAGUCAGCACCGACCAGAAAAAGAGCAGGGAAACCAGCCAGGGGAGAAAGUGGGUAAAUUAAUUUCACGAGAAGGAACUCAGAAGGACCUCAAGGAAACCACAACACAGCAGGAAAUCCUUAUGGGAAAGAGCAAAAAUACAUGCACUGUGUGUGGGAAAAACUUACGUGACUAUUCAGCCUGUAAAGAGCAUCAUAGAAUCCACACAGGGGAGAAACCCUAUGAAUGCAGUGAGUGUGGGAAAACCUUCAAGUGCAGCUCACAUCUUAUUUCCCAUCAGAGAAUCCACACAGGGGAGAAGCCCCAUGGAUGCAGUGAGUGUGGGAAAACCUUCAGCCGCAGCUCACACCUUAUUACCCAUCAGAGAAUCCACACAGGGGAGAGGCCCUAUGAAUGCAGUGAGUGUGGGAAAAAUUUCACUCACAGAUUCAGCCUUAUUAAUCAUCAGAGAAUCCACAUGGGGGAAAGGCCCUUUAAAUGCCAUGAGUGUGGAAAAUGCUUCAUUAACACCUCAACUCUUUCUAAACAUCAGAGAAUCCACACAGGGCAGAGGCCCUAUGAAUGUAGUGAGUGUGGGAAAAACUUCACUCACAGAUCAGGCCUUUCUGAACAUCAGAGAAUCCACACUGGGGAGAGGCCGUAUGAAUGCAAUGGGUGUGGGAAAACUUUCAAUCGGAGCUCAAACCUUAUUACUCAUCAGAGAAUCCACACAGGAGAGCGACCCUAUGAAUGCAGUGAGUGUGGGAAAACCUUCGCUUGGCACUCAGCCCAUGUUAGUCAUCAGAGAAUCUGCCAGGGAGCUCAACACCAUAAAAACCUCUAGGGCAGGGCUGCACAACUCAUAAAGCAGUGAGGGCCAUAUUAGUCCAAAGAAAACAUCUGAAGGCUGAACUCCCCUCCCCGCCCAGCACCGACAGAACACCACCCCCACCAAAACACACACACACCCAGUGCUGCCUGCACUGUGGAAACAAACCCUCCUUCUCCAG